GAUGGCAUAUACGAAUUAUCCAUCUUCGUGGGGAGCUAAAGGGUCCUCGGAAGUUGUGUUUUCUGAAUAUGAGACACCAAAUGCAAGAAAUAGCUACGCCUUAUGCAAGAAUAUCAACUUCACAAGCCCAUUGUAUGAGCCACCAGUUGUUCUCACGACUGUGCUGAAUGGACCCAACAAUCGUGUUAACAUAGGAAGUCAAGUAAAAGGUCCCUUAGUCAGUUGGCUGGAGGAAGUAACCAAGUCUUACUUUCGAGUUUGUAUCAAAGAUGACGCAGGGCAUGAUGGUCAGAGGGCAAAUAUAAAUGUGGACUAUUUAGUUGUAGGAGGUAAGUUAUGGAAUGAACCAUUUCUGUGUUUUCUUCUCGUUUUUCAAUAUAGCCUUCUUAAAUAA